AUGUGCAUCCCCCGUCCGCGCAGGCAUCGAGCCCAUACCGACACCUCGUCCAUUAGAAACGUCCCCUAUCAGCGCCUCGCCUCCCCGCCCCCGGCGCCCCGGAUGGCACCGAGACCCACCCCCGCCGCGGUGCCCGUCGCUAACGGUGCAGCCGUCCCGUUUCCGCACGCAACAACUCCCCGCGUGGCUUCCCAGCACGAACGCCUGCUUCUCGAGCUGCUCCCCUUCAAGGACGCCGUCGAAUUCCAUGCCUGGCUCAGUAGCAGCUUCGUUCGUGGGCCCUGGGACGAGUUCUCCACGGACUACCUCUCCCGCGCGUUGGUCGGUGCCGGCUCCAGCUCCAGCUCCAGCUCCGUCCCGGAACCGGACAAGACCCGCACGGCACAGGCGGCGCGCGACGCGCUCAACUCCCGCAAGCCGCGCUUCCUCGUCUACCACCCAGACAAGACGGGCUGGACGGCCGAGGACCACCACGUGCGCUUCAUCGUCACGCUCGUCGCCGACAACAGGCUGCACAAUUUGUGGUACGAGUCCGAGUGGAAGAAGAGCGGGCUCGACAUCGCCAAGGCCGCGUACGAAGUGCUCGCCUUCCUCAAAACAGCGACGGUGUACGCGGAUCCAGACCCGCCGUCUUACUCGGCAUGA